CGUCGUCAUCAUCUGUACGCACGGCGGCGACAGGACUUCUUGAAUCGGCAGGGACGGGUCUCCCUCCGCUAUUCCGCGUCAAUGCGAAGGAAAAACACAGAGAGAAAGUCAAACACAUCAGCGGGUUCCACAUCUACGCAACUCUCGCUGAAAACUCCGAUGGAUUAACGUGAUUUUUCUGCGAGAGUAGAGAAUGGGCUGUGUCCAAUGUAAGGAUAAAGAAGCAGCAAAACUCACUGAUGACAGGGAGACGAGCCUCUCGCACAACUCGGGAUACCGCUAUGGGUCCGACCCCACACCGCAGCACUACCCCAGCUUCGGUGUCACCACCAUCCCCAACUACAACAACUUCCACAGCGGCGCCACACAGGGGGUGACCGUCUUCGGAGGAGUCCACACAUCCUCGCAGUCUGGGACGCUUCGGUCACGAGGAGGAACAGGAGUGACUCUCUUUGUGGCUCUAUAUGACUACGAAGCCAGGACUGAGGAUGACCUCAGCUUCAGAAAGGGAGAACGCUUCCAGAUCCUCAACAGCACUGAGGGCGACUGGUGGGAGGCUCGUUCUCUCACUACAGGUGGAACCGGUUACAUUCCCAGCAAUUACGUAGCUCCAGUGGACUCGAUCCAAGCUGAGGACUGGUAUUUUGGUAAAUUGGGUCGAAAGGAUGCAGAGAGGCAGCUGCUCUCCAACGGCAACGCCAGAGGCACUUUCCUCAUCCGUGAGAGUGAAACAACCAAAGGGGCCUACUCCCUCUCCAUCCAGGACUGGGAUGACAUCAAGGGCGACCACGUCAAACACUAUAAGAUUCGUAAGCUGGACAGCGGAGGCUACUACAUCACCACCAGAGCCCAGUUUGAAACGCUGCAGCAGCUCGUACAGCACUACUCUGCUCGGGCUGCGGGGCUUUGCUGCCGCCUGAUUGUGCCGUGCCACAAAGGCAUGCCUCGUUUGACUGACCUGUCCGUCAAAACCAAAGACGUGUGGGAGAUCCCGCGAGAGUCUCUGCAGCUCAUCAAGCGUCUGGGAAACGGCCAGUUUGGAGAAGUCUGGAUGGGCACGUGGAACGGCACCACCAAGGUGGCAGUGAAGACUCUGAAGCCGGGCACCAUGUCGCCCGAGUCCUUCCUGGAGGAGGCUCAGAUCAUGAAGAAGCUCCGACAUGACAAACUGGUGCAGCUCUACGCCGUGGUGUCUGAGGAACCCAUCUAUAUCGUUACCGAGUACAUGAGCAAAGGGAGUUUGCUGGAUUUCCUCAAAGACGGGGAAGGACGAGGUCUCAAGCUGCCGAAUCUGGUGGACAUGGCAGCUCAGGUGGCUGCAGGCAUGGCGUACAUUGAGAGGAUGAACUACAUCCACAGAGACCUGCGCUCCGCGAACAUCUUGGUUGGAGACGGUCUGGUGUGUAAGAUCGCCGACUUUGGUUUGGCCAGGCUCAUCGAGGACAACGAAUACACUGCAAGACAAGGUGCCAAGUUUCCCAUAAAGUGGACCGCUCCUGAGGCCGCUCUGUACGGGAAGUUCACCAUCAAGUCGGACGUGUGGUCGUUCGGUAUCCUGCUCACAGAGCUGGUGACCAAGGGCAGAGUGCCCUAUCCAGGCAUGAACAACCGCGAGGUACUGGAACAGGUGGAGCGAGGUUACCGGAUGCCAUGCCCGCAGGACUGCCCCACGUCCCUGCACGAGCUCAUGGUGCAGUGUUGGAAGAAGGACCCCGAGGAGAGGCCAACCUUUGAGUACCUGCAGGCCUUUUUGGAGGACUACUUCACUGCCACUGAGCCCCAGUACCAGCCAGGGGAUAAUCUCUGAGCUCCAGUACCCUCAUCUCAUGUCAUUUCACUGGCUUUCCACCAGAGGGAGCCAGACCACAUCUUUCCUCUCUCUCGCUCUCUCUCUCUUUCUCUUAUCCUGUGACUCUAAUGGUCUCAAAAGCUCAUCGACUGACUUCUUGACUCCCACUUACCAUACACACACACACACACACACACACACACAGGGAUGGACGGCUGCUGAGUCAGCAAACAGACUCUCAAACCGGUGGAUGUGUUUGAGGUGAGAGGAGGAGACUGAAACGUCGUAAAUGACUGCCAUGGAUGAAGUUGUGUAACUUGUAUGUAUUGUAAAUAUGAAAUGCUUGUUUACUUAUCUCUUGUUUGUUUCAUUUUAUAUUACUUUUGAUAUUUUCGGGAGUAUGUGGAUUAAGGUUGUUUUUUUUUUUGUUCUUGUUGUUUUUUUUUAACCCGAGGUUAAAGUUAUUACAGAUUAACGGCUCGUAGAGAAAACGUGUGAGGCUCACAGUUGGUAACAAAUCAUGACUAAACACUAAUUGUAGGAAUGCUCAUAGUUAGACAUGGUGGACGGGGAUAUCGCAGACAUUUGUCCGCGAGUCCGCUGGCCCUUUUUUACGAGGUGAAUAUGAAGAAUCUCCUCUUCUCAAGGAAUUUAGAUGUACUAUAACACCUGUUCUUGCCUUUUCAUGUUUAGUAAUAUCUCUUAUAAUGUAAGGGAAUGCCUUCAUGCUUUCUACACACUAACUUAGAGCUUCAUGGACUCUGUUACCCAAACUUGUAUUGCAUCUGCACUGAUAUUAAGUGCAAUCAUCACAUCAGAGCUUCAGUCUACUCUUUUUUUUUCUUUUUUUUUAAUUGGCUUAAAGUAACCUUUCAUUUAGCGUACUCUAUGGGAGGUAAUUUCCUCCCCAGUUGCACCCAUUGUUUGGCUUAUUAUACUGAUGGAGUCUUUUUAAAUGUGUGAUUUAUUAUUGUGUGGCAGCAGGCUGUGGAAGAAUCCUCUCCCUUCAGCGGUCCAACAAACUGCCACUUACAAACGGAGAAAGAAGGACGCGCACCUGUGUUUGUCUCUCCAUAAUAACAUGUUGUUUAUGAGACCAAAAAUGUUUAUUUUCCUCUUUAAUGUCUGAAUGAUUUCAUAACUGUGUGUCUUCAAGUUCUCUUCCUGCCUGAAAAGGACCAUUCCAGAACUAAACGCCAUCCAUGUGUGUGUAUUUCUGUUGCUUCUCGUGAGUGGAAAAGUGAACAAAAUCGAGGUUUUGUGCCACGCAUUUACCCCCAAUUCGGUAGAACACAAAAUGACCUUUGGCCUUUGCAUUAUUUAUUGUCUCUGUCUCUUCUUGUACACUUCUGCUUUUCAAAUAAACAAUCUUGCCAUCAUCCGCCUGUGAUAUAGCAACAAUCGA